UUUAAAAUGACUACCGUUCCGCCUGUUUCCGUGACUGCGCGGUUCCAGGGUGAAGCCGCUUCAGGCCAGGUGGUGGCGCUAACUGUGUAACUACAACUUUCUCCAACUGCGCUAAAGCGGAGAAGCAGAAGAUUGUGUUGUGGUCAGCAGUCCACGCCUCCGCGCUCAUACAGUGUUGUUGGAGGAACAAAAAGAAGAGCUGAACUGUUGAAGAAAUGAAUGAUGUCCUAUGUGAAGUCUUCUCCACCAAGAGGAACGUUAAACUGCUGAAACAGGUUAAAUAUAAGAAUAUGGCAUCCAGAAGACAUUCUAGUACUCAGCAAAUGCCAUCUGGUUCCCUCCACAUGAAUAAAUCUCACAGACAAACACAGAAAUGCAGCAAGGAGAGAACUCACUACUGCCUGGAGUGUGGAAAGAGUUUUACUGAACAGAGUGCUCUCAGAAUACACCAGCGAAUUCACACAGGAGAGAAGCCGUAUUACUGCUCAGUGUGUGGGAGGAGUUUUACACAAAAGAUUCAUUGCCAAAAACACCAGCUCAUUCACACAGGAGAGAAGCCGUAUUACUGUUCAGAGUGUGGGAAGAGUUUUACUCGACAGAGUACUCUCAUAGCACAUCAGCGCAUUCACACAGGAGAGAAACCAUAUUACUGCUUAGAGUGUGGGAAGAGUUUUACUGUACAGAGUAAUCUCCAACGACACCAGCUAAUUCACACAGAAGAGAAGCCGUAUCACUGCUCAGAGUGUGGGAAAAGUUUUAAUCAACAGGGUCAUCUCCAGGAGCACCAGCGCAUUCACACAGGAGAGAAGCCGUAUCACUGUUCAGACUGUGGCAAGAGUUUUACUAUACAGAGUUCACUCCAACGACACCAGCGCAUUCACACAGGAGAGAAGCCAUAUUAUUGCUCAGAGUGUGGGAAGAGUUUUAAACAUCCGAGUACUCUUCAACAACACCUUCGCCUACACACAGGAGAGAAGCCGUAUUACUGCUCAGAGUGUGGGAAGAGUUUUACUGUACAGAGUAGUUUCAAAAAACACCAGCGCAUUCACCGUAGCCAAAAUGCACACAAAUGUUUAGAGAGUGAAGAGAGUUUUAAUUAUAAUAGUCAUUUCCAAGGACACCAGCGUAUUUACACAGGAGAGAAGCCGUAUCACUGCUCAGAAUGUGGAAAAAGAUUUAAUCGUCAGGGUCAUCUCCAAGAGCACCUGCACAUUCACACAGGAGAGAAACCAUAUCACUGCUCAGAGUGUGGGAAGAGUUUUAAUCGUCAGCGUUCCCUCCAACAACACCAGCGCAUUCACACAGGAGAGAAGCUGUAUCACUGCUUAGAGUGUGGGAAGAGUUUUAAUCAUCACGGUCACCUCCAAGAACACCAGCGCAUUCAUACAGGAGAGAAGCCGUAUCACUGUUUAGAGUGUGGGAACAGUUUUAAUCGUCAAAGUACUCUCCAGCAACACCAGCGCAUUCACACAGGUGAGAAGCCGUAUUAUUGCUCAGAGUGUGGAAAGAAUUUUAAUCGACAGAGUCAUCUCCAAGAACACCAGCGCAUUCACACAGGAGAGAAGCCGUAUCACUGCUCAGAGUGUGGGAAGAGUUUUGCUCUACAGAAUAAUCUCAAAAUGCACCAGCGAAUUCACACAGGAGAGAAGCCGUAUUACUGCUCAGAUUGUGGGAAAAGUUUUAAUCAACAGAGUACUCUCAAAAGACACCAGUUCAUUCACACAGGAGAGAAGCCCUAUCACUGCUCAGAGUGUGGGAAGAGUUUUAAUCAUCAGAGUGAUCUCAAAACACACCAGCGCAUUCACACAGGAGAGAAGCCGUAUUAUUGCUCAGAGUGUGGGAAGAAUUUUACUCUGCAGAGUACUUUCCAGAAACACCAGCGCAUUCACACAGGAGAGAAGCCAUAUCAGUGCUCAGAAUGUGGGAAGAGUUUUAGGCAUUCAAAUACUGGGAAGACACACAAAUGCACCAAGAGCAAAAGUGGAAAUAGGCAGUAAUGAGUGUAACCAUAACACAUCCCAGGAAUGAAGGUCUUCAGGAAACAAUGCUGAUAGCCCAAAUUUAAAAAAAAUCACCCUGUUACUGUUUCCCACUGUUUCUUAAGCAUUAGCCUGAAAUACAUGAAGUACAAUGAAAUACAUUUUUUGUGCUGAAGUCAAGCCUACAGUCCAGACACCUAAUGGGAAGGUGUGGCACUUCAUAAUCUCUUCAACCCAGUUCCCAGAAUGAGUUCAUAGUUUCAUGAGUUUUCAGUAGUAUAUCUUAGCUAGUAUAGUGUUUCUGAUGUAAUAAUGGAUGUUUUGGCAAAUAUUUAACAAUGUGUUUGGCUCCUUGAAGCUCUCUAUGCUUCUUUGAUACCUUCAUGUUAACUAGUCGCAAUGAAAAUGUCACUUUGUCUUUCAUUUAAAUCUUAAGGAAAUGUUUUCUGUAUGUUUUGAAGAACUGUAAUUUUGAAUUAUUAUUAUUAUUAUUAUUAUUCUAAAUUAAUUUAUAUUUUCUUUGAUUGAUGUGAUUGAUUUGAUUGAUUGGAAAUUCCCCCUCACACACACUCACAAAUUCUUUAUCUUUAAUGCAAAUUCAUGUUAAUAUCUUAAUAAUUAUUAAUCAUCAAUAAUCAAAUUAUUUUUAAUUGUAUGCCAUUUAAGCCUAUUCUAUUCUUUUCUGAUGUUGCCCCAGUAAGGAUGGCGUCAUAUGUCUAAGCCUGUGUCCUUUCGAAGUUUCUCCAUUAUACCAUCUAGAGCAGGGGUGCACAACUUCGGUCCUGGAGGGCCGAUGUCCAGCACGGUUUGUUGAUUUACCUGCUCCAACACACCUGAUUAUACUUAUCUGUUAAUUGCCAGGUUAAGUGGAAGUGUUUGAGCAGGGAAACCUCCAAACUGUGCUGGACACCGGCUCUCCAGGACGAGAGUUGUGCACCCCUGAUCUAGAGAGUUUUUCCUUGCUACUGAUGCCUCUGGUUAGCUCAGUUCGGGACUCAGACAUCAGAUCUCUGCAUAUAAUUUGCGUAAAGCUAUAACUGCUUCGACCAAAUCUGUGUUGAGGCAAGGAAGACAGCAUCUGCGGUUCUUAGCCCCCACCUCCCUCUCUCCCUCUCUCUCUCUCUCUCUCUCUCUCUCUCUCUCAAUUCUUAGGGGCAAUUGCACUGUCAUUAGCUUAGGUGUGGUUUAGAGGUUAACCUGAGUUUUAACCUGAAUGGGUCAACGUAGGUUGUUAAACUCCAUUGCUGUGUCCUCUGAACGUGCACUUAAAGUGCACCUGCAGUUUAAACUAAACCCAAUAGCAAGUUUUUUUUGUUUUUUUUUUAAAUGGUGCUGUAUCUCAAGUUGCACUGAGGUUGAUCUUAAACCUGCUAAAGACGUGGUUUUACUGAGGUUUAAAGCAAGAUUACUGUGAUUGAAGUGUUUCUUUAAAUAUUUAAAUAUUCAAUACCAAGGCCCAUAUACAUGUGUUCUGGACUUCAAGACGUUUUCAAUUUAUGCUAUGUUGUUUAAUU